GUCAUGUUUUCAAUUCACGUUCUUGAACAGUUUAAAUAGAGAAAAUUCUUGUUAUUGAUAAGAAUAUCAUUUUAGUUUAGAAUCUAUUCGAAGUUAUAUAUAACAAAUGGACGUCGAGUUCUCUGAUAUUAAUAUGCAUGUUGACGAGCCGCCGCCUGACAACAAGACAUCUGGGAAGUAUCACUUUCACGGAAGAAUUUAUGAGUCACCAGAUGAUCCAGAAGUUGGUAAUCCUCCGGAAAAACAUAAAAAGAGAGAUCUGGCAGAAACCACAUUUGGAUCGGAUGGUAGUAAUCCUUUGAAAAAUCGAUUCAAAAGUGGAGAAGAGACGUCUUCUAGUAACUCAAAAGGUGAUGGCCGAGACGAAGAUAAAACAGAAGAAGAAGAUGAAAUUCACGUGAUUGGAGAUCUGCUCGAACACUUCAUUGCAAAUACAGGUGUUCCUGCAGUACAAGAUGUGGCCAUGGUGGACAAAGUGGCCAUGUUGCCACACACACUAUGGCGACUGGUGUGGGUCAUAGUAUGGCUCAGUUGCUGGUUCGGAUUCGUCUACCAGAUGACUCUGCUCACUCUCACAUACAGAGAGGCACCAGUGUACGUGAACCUGGAAGUUCUGUCUGAAGACUCGCUCGCUUUCCCAAGUGUGACCCUGUGCAACAUGAACCCAGUGAAGAAGAGCAGACUGCUCCACACCCAACAGUUCCAGACACUGGCUACUCUGGAUGACUCAUUCGCAUACUCGUUCGAGAGGGAGCUAAGCGAGGAUGCGGGCAGCAGGGCAGACUCUGUGUCGUGUGCAAGUGGUGACUCAUCGGAGAUGUUCCAAUGUGCGGACUUGUCGCUGUGUGUGCCUGUGUCGUGGAGGUGUGACGGAACAGACGACUGCGACGACAAGAGCGAUGAGUCAUCAUGUCCCAGGUGGGAUGAAGAACCGGACCAAGGAGAGUGCUACUUUGGGUUCUAUGAGUGUCAGGAUCAGAGCAGGAAGUGCAUUCGGUACUCUCAGAAGUGCGAUGGGGUCACCGACUGUGAGUCGGGGUGGGACGAAGCGGAAGAACAGGGAUGCCCCACAGCCAAUGACACAGUGGUUAGUGAGUCUUGUCCUCAAUCGGGUGACGUCAUCAUCACUCUCAGCUCCUCAUCUCAACCGACAACGAUAGUAUCGCCUGACUUUGACGGAGUGAGGAAGUAUGGACACAAUCUGGACUGUUUCUGGAUGGUGCAGACAGAAGAACCAGGCCAGUCCAUCCUCAUCACUGUCAACCAAUUCCACCUAGAGAAAAGCACCAACUGUCAAUCAGACUAUCUUCGCAUCAUAGAGUACGGCGAUGGUCUCUCUUCAACCAGCAGUGGCAGUGGUAUGUUCGACCAGAAGUUCUGUGGACUCCAGAUGUUCAGAUCCACACACCUCUACUCCUCAACUGUCUUUGUUAAGUUCCACACCGACUCAGCUGUGGCCAAAGUGGGAUUUCACAUCGAUUUCUCAGCACAAGCCCACUUGCACGGUGAUUUGCGACUGGAGGGAUCCUCUCCCAGGUCGGGACUCCUGCUGAUGUUCAACGAGGACUCCUGGAACUCCAUCUGUGUAUCUUCCAUCGACACUGCCUUCGAGUCAGAACUAAUUUGCAGAGAGUUGGGCUUCAGCAAACCCGACACUCAUGCCCUGUCUGCUGACACCAACUCCUCAGCUUAUGACGUCACUAACUAUCUGCCAUUUGAAAACGACAUCGACUGCAGGGAUCAAAUGUCUUUGAUGGACUGCAGUGCGGUCGGAUCACAAGUACAGUGUGAUAAUGAACACUACACGUGGAUCAGCUGCGGAACCACGUAUGCGGAUGGGACCGUGCGACUAGUGCAGACUUCUGCCACUGGCAACUCUGACUCCGGGGGGAGAGUAGAGGUGUUCUACGGGGGGCAAUGGGGCACGGUUUGUGAUGACUCAUUCGACAUCAGAGACGCACAAGUUGUGUGUCGACAAAUGGGAUAUGAACAGGGUGCCCUGUACUUCACAACUGUGGGUGGGAGUGACCCUGGGUCGGGGGUGGUAAUGAUGGACAAUGUGAAUUGUGGGGGAGCGGAGAGUAGGAUAGGGGAGUGUGUGUUCAACGGGUGGACCGAAUCCAACUGUUUCCACUCGGAAGAUGUCGGAGUCGUCUGCCGAGACAGCAGUCAGCCCACCCUCCAAAUCUGCCUUCCCGAGUCCAAUCCAGAUCUUCGAAGAAUCAAUUGCGCUACCGAAAACUUCGAAGACCAAGAAGACCUCUUGAUAUUUCCCGUGUUCACGCGGUACGGUUUCUUCCAGGGCAGUUCAUGUACCAAUGAAACAGUUCUCAACUGCGAAUCUAAUUCAGUAUCAGCAGACGUGUAUGCUCAGUGUUACGCCAAAUCUCAAUGCAUCAUCAACACAAGUGGCUUCCGGGAACCCUGUAGUCACGUGACACCAAAGUUGCCGCGUACUGUGGAAGUUGUUUACAACUGCACUCGUCCAUUUUGUCCUUCGCCUUUUGUGAGGGAUGGGGAUAGAUGCUACUCCUUUGGACUCUUCGGACCUUGGGCUUUUCCUGGACUAUACAAAAGGGCAUCCGAGGCAUUCUGUGCACAGCAGAUGCCAAACUCCACUCUAGUCCAGGUUCCGGAUACCGAGUUCGGCCACAAUACAAUAGAUAAAAUCUUGAGUUGGAUGGAGUCGCUUGGCAAUAGGUCGACAUAUGUGCAUGACUUAUCGCUUGAUGAGGGGCAGUGUUCCUUUUUGUCGUUCGGGGAAUCCACUGUUGUUCCCUGUGAAUCCUCGCAAUCUUCCGACCCCCCACCGUCUGCCAGCGCUGUCGUGUGCGAACUAAACGUCUUCUCCAUCAUGAGCAGCACUGACUCCUGGUCCGAAUGGAGUCCCUGGUCCAGCUGCCAAUCAAACUGUUCCGGACAAGGUCUCCGGUCACGAGAAAGGGAAUGCAUCAGAAGCAGUUUGUGCAUGGGAGAAGCAAUUCAAGUGGAAAAGUGUGUCCAAAACACAGUGUGUAUGAUGGGUCCUGGAGUUGAAAAAGGGGGCGAAGGAGUUGUGUUCAUCCGAGCGUCCAACUUCAGCGGACUAUCAUUCGACCACAACUUGCUCAUCGACACGAACAGCACGGGGUCGCUUUUCCUGCAGUUGCAAAUGCACAAAUUGGUUCAUUAUCUCAUCAACACAACUGGAUUCCGAAAUCAAGUCGAGUAUAAGAGCUCUUUCAUCAAUGCCGGAUCACUUGAGAUCACAGCUACAAUACUUUACAAUGAUUAUAACGACACAUUCAUGAAUUUCUCUGAGUCCAUCGCAACGAUCUAUGAACAGUACUCGUUCUCACUUACAGCAGAUGCAGUUUGGCCUGCAAUUGCACACGCAGACUCUCAUUAUUACGACUAUCCUCCCUACAGCGACAGCUACUCCUAUUACUACGAGAGCAUGCCAGCAACAACAACGACAGCUUACAGCGACGAUAGCUACGAUAACUACGAUAACUACGAUAACUACGAGAACGACCAGUCUUCUCAAACACGACAAAGGAAGUCCACAAAUCAACAGGAAACAGCCUGGAACUGGUUAGAUCAAUGGGUCGCCAGGUCCUCCCAGGCACCAUCAUCAUCCGCAGGAACUGCAGCGUCUCCCGGAUCUCUAUCUCAGUUUGACGGCCUGGACCGAAAUGACUGGAAAGGGGCAAUUUCCGCUUCGGUCGAAGAAGAUUAUUCCGAUUUUAAGCGACUUGCUUUGUUUGAAGAGCACGUGAUUGAAAAUUAUGGCCACCAGCUGGAAGAUUUUGUGGUGCAGUGCACUUAUGACGGGAUCAGCUGUGAUUUGAAGGACUUCGACGUUAUGAGGAAUCAUCAUUACGGAAACUGUUUUGCAUUCAACCAAAAGCACCGCAACAGAACUCUCACUCGGGACACCUCCAAAACAGGAAUGCAGUGGGGACUGAAACUGACUCUGUUCCUGGAGACUGAGGAGUACAUCGGAGUCCUCUCCCACACUCCCGGGGGAAGACUGACUCUAACAUCGGCAGAGGUCUCUGCAACUCCUGAAGAUCAGGGCAUCACUUUCGCACCUGGAGAAAUGACUAGUAUAGCCACUCGCUACAUGGAGAUCUUGAGACAGCCCGAACCCUAUUCUGACUGCAUAAGGGAGUACCCUGAGUUUCCGCUCUUGGACUCGUUUGCUCGCAGUUCAUUCUCGCAGUUCAAUUACAAUGUGAGAGGAUGCAACAACCUCUGCAUAGCCGAAAGACUCCUCGAGAAAUGCCAAUGCGUGGACAGAUACUUUUUCGGCCUGGAUGAUUCAAACGGAGAUGAGGACGAAGGUGAUGACUCUUCUUCUCUGACCUUGUGUGACCCCUGGAGUUCCACCACUCGUGCAUGUAGAGAGUCUGUGUAUGUGGAGGCUGCCAGCAAUCAACUGGACUGCGGGUGCCGACAAGCAUGCACGGACCGCAGCUUCUCAACAGUUCUCUCCCAGUCUCAGUGGCCUUCCAAAAACUACGCGCCCUACUUGCUGAGUAAAAUGAGGAAAGGGGGUUUGGGCGACAGUGCUGCUCUGAAGGCGUGGGCGGACUCUGUGAUGGGACUAACCACACAUGAUGUCGAUGACUUCGAGAACAAUAGCCCAGCAAAUGAGUCAUUUCAAUUUGACCUCGAGAACAUACUCCUCGCAGUUCAGGAGAACAUUGCGCGUAUCGAAAUCUACUAUGAGGAGUUGAACUUUGAGCGUAUCUCUGAGGUGCCAGCAUACACUUCGACCCAGCUGCUCACUGAUUUUGGAGGAAACAUCGGACUCUGGACUGGCAUUUGUCUGUUCAACUUGUUCGAAGUGUUUAAACUAUUAGUAGAUGCAUCCGUUCUCAUAUACAGAAACAAUUUCAAAUCAGCUGCAAAAAGUGAAUGAACAAAGACUGAGAAAAAAGUUACUGAAUGACAGCAUGAUUGUCACAUGGUAUUUCAGCGUAGUUCUUUUGUGUUUGUGUCUUUUAAUUUCGAAAACUUGGGGUGGAAAAACAAAUGUUUCAAGCAAUUCCAAUAUAGCGUUUUAGUACUGAUUAAAUUUUGCAAAUUGUAAAUACUGAAAUUUUGUAAAUUGUAAAUACUGAAACUUUGUAAAUAAUCGAUCAGAUCAUCUGUGCCUUGUAACUAGUAGAAUAACGUCAUUUGAUUUUGAAAGAGACCUGAACGCGGUCUCUUCAUUGUAAACGGAUAGUUAGAUUGGUUAACUCGUAGGAUAUAGAUUGAACGAGGCCACUCAAAUAUCUCACAAAAAUCAUGAUUGGUUAACUUAAGUUAGUUUGUUAUAAUUAUACCAUAUGCAAAUCGCAAACUGGUGGCAUAAUUCGGUGGUAUACUGCUUUCAAGCAAAAACUUCUUCUAAAGGAGGUCGUUACUUCUGUUUUGUAAGCCAAUGGUCGUUCCUUUUUCUAAACCAAUAGUUUCACAUACAAUAGUUGUUUAAUGUUCGCCGGACAGCCAACAACAGUACUUUCAAAA